CGGCGAUCAGUUGCCAAACAAACGCUAGAGAGCGUGGACGAGAUCUUGCCAAACGAAUAGCGCUCAAAGGCAGAACGGGUUGAAUCGGUUCGGUUUGGACUGGAUUGGUGUUCCAAUCUGGCCAAAAAACACCUUUGUGUGUACAGGCAUACGGAUGAAAUCGACAACAAAACAGAGGCACGAUGCCGCGCAAGCUGCUUAAAUUCCUUAUCAUCUUCGACAACACUUCCCUCCUGUACUUCCCGGGCCAGUUCCUCUCCGGACGGGUUCUAAUCGAAUUGCAGGACGAGACACCUGCUUUUGGACUUCAUUUUCAUGUGGUAGGCGAAGGGGUGGUGCGCAACGGGCGCCGACAGGAGAGGACAUACGACAAGGAGAACUAUAUCGACUUUCGGAUGCGACUUCUGGGGGACGUAGACCAAGGAGGUCCAGCCAUACUCUCGCCAGGAAUUCACAGCUUCCCUUUCAAACUCGGCUUGCCGCUGGGUCUGCCAUCUACAUUUCUCGGUCGGUAUGGCUGGAUUCAGUUCUACUGCAAGGCGGCGCUCCGCGAGAACAAUGGUAUUAUCCACAAGAACCACCAGGUCUUUAUUGUGAUGAAUCCCAUCGACCUAAACCUUGAAAAGCCCAUCUUAGCACAACCGUUCACCUGCGAAGUGGAGCACAAGCUAGGCGUCGUCUGCGUUGGCGGAGGUCAAAUAAAAUGCAGAGUGUCCCUUGAUCGCGGAGGGUAUGUGCCCGGCGAGAAUAUUCUGGUCACCGCAUUCAUAUCCAACUACAGUAAUGUGUCCAUUAAACGGACAAAGGCAUCCCUCACGGAGACCAUCGAGUAUUUGGCGCGUGGGAAGGUGGUGCAAACGGAAAAGCGGGAGCUGGCUGUCUUAGUUCGUGGCAAGAUCCGUCCGGGGGCCAAAGACGAGUGGCACAACGAGCUUUAUGUUCCACCCCUGCCGCCGACCAAUCUGCAUGGCUGCCACCUCAUCAAAAUAUCCUACGACGUCUUCUUCGUAAUCGAACCCAAGUCCAUGGAGAAGGAGAUUAAGCUACAGCUUCCUAUCGUGCUUGCGACGUACCCCUUUCGACACUCCGGCGAUGCGGUCAAUGCCAACACCUGGCCGGAAUCGGUGCUUAAGCCGGACACGCACACCCACUAUCCGUCCACCCUACCCAUAUUCCGGCCCUGGCUGCACGAGAAGCCUAGCGAGGCAUAGUCCCAGCUUUUAGGAUUGCUGUGUAUCAUAACUUGUUAAGACCGAUUUGCGCCAUACAACAAUUUAAACUUAUUUAACUCAUA